UUUCUCGGCAUUGGCUCCUCCAAUCCCAACGCCGGACCCGACCCGUGCAAGCUCACGCUCCUAUGAAAUUCAGGGGAAAACAAAGUUCACCACCAGCACCACCGGUGUUGUAAAUUGCCACGUUUCACUUUCACCCCAAACCCAUCGCUCUCUCUAAAACCUCCUACUAUUUCGAGAUCUGCAGGAAGCUCCUCUCCAAUCUCACUCAAAUGCUUCAGAUUCCAAUCCCAAAUAAACCCUAACAACAAAAGCUUAAUCACAGAUUAUAAUUUUGGGAUUCUUAGAUCAUGGAGCAGCUGAAGACGAUCGGUCGCGAACUGGCGAUGGGGUCCCAAGGCGGGUUCGGGCAGUCCAAGGAGUUCCUGGACCUGGUGAAGUCGAUCGGCGAGGCUCGAUCCAAGGCCGAGGAGGACCGCAUCGUGCUCCACGAGAUCGAGACCCUCAAGCGCCGCAUCGCCGAGCCCGACAUCCCCAAGCGCAAGAUGAAGGAGUACAUCAUCCGCCUCGUCUAUGUGGAGAUGCUCGGCCACGACGCGUCGUUUGGUUACAUCCACGCCGUCAAGAUGACACACGACGACAGCCUCCUCCUCAAGCGGACUGGCUACCUGGCCGUCACGCUUUUUCUCAACGAGGACCACGACCUCAUCAUCCUCAUCGUCAACACCAUCCAGAAGGACCUCAGGUCUGACAACUAUCUGGUGGUGUGCGCCGCGCUCAACGCCGUGUGCAGGCUCAUCAACGAGGAGACCAUUCCGGCGGUGCUGCCGCAGGUGGUGGAGCUGCUCGGGCACACCAAGGAGGGCGUCAGGAAGAAGGCCAUCAUGGCGCUUCACCGCUUCUAUCACAAGUCCCCCUCUUCUGUCUCCCACCUUGUCUCCAAUUUCCGAAAGAGGCUCUGUGAUAAUGAUCCUGGGGUCAUGGGUGCAACACUUUGCCCUCUUUUUGAUCUUAUAUCUGUAGAUGUUAAUUCUUAUAAGGAUUUAGUUGUCAGCUUUGUGAGCAUUCUUAAACAAGUAGCGGAACGCAGAUUACCAAAGGGUUAUGAUUAUCAUCAAAUGCCAGCUCCAUUUAUUCAGAUCAGGUUGCUGAAAAUUCUGGCUUUGCUGGGUAGUGGUGACAAGCUAGCAAGCGAAAGUAUGUAUACUGUUAUUGGUGACAUAUUCAGGAAGUGUGAUUCAUUGAGUAAUAUAGGAAAUGCUGUUCUUUAUGAGUGCAUAUGCUGUGUUUCUUCAAUAUAUCCCAAUCCUAAAUUAUUAGAAUCUGCGGCUGAAGUUAUUUCCAGAUUUUUGAAGAGCGACAGUCACAAUCUAAAAUAUUUGGGCAUUGAUGCGCUUGGUCGACUGAUAAAGAUAAGUCCUGAGAUUGCCGAACAACACCAACUCGCGGUGAUUGAUUGCUUAGAGGACCCAGAUGAUACUCUAAAGAGAAAAACCUUUGAACUACUGUAUAAAAUGACCAAGUCCUCCAAUGUAGAAGUGAUUGUCAACCGUAUGAUUGACUACAUGAUAAGCAUUAAUGAUAAUCAUUUCAAAACCUACAUAGCAUCUCGAUGUGUUGAGCUUGCAGAGCAAUUUGCACCCAGUAACCAUUGGUUUAUCCAGACCAUGAAUAAAGUCUUUGAGCAUGCUGGAGAUCUGGUGAAUAUUAAGGUGGCGCAUAACUUGAUGCGGUUGAUUGCAGAGGGAUUUGGCGAGGAUGAUGAUGCUGCAGAUAGUCAGUUGAGAUCAUCUGCUGUGGAGUCAUAUUUGCUCAUUAUUGGGGAGCCAAAGCUUCCGUCUGUAUUUCUUCAAGUCAUUUGUUGGGUUUUGGGAGAGUAUGGAACAGCUGAUGGGAAGUACUCUGCUUCUUAUAUUACUGGGAAAUUAUGUGAUGUGGCAGAGGCAUAUUCAAAUGAUGAAACUGUAAAGGUGUAUGCAGUUACAGCACUAAUGAAGAUAUAUGCAUUUGAAAUAGCAGCUGGGAGAAAAGUGGAUAUGUUAGACGAGUGUCAAUCUUUGGUUGAAGAAUUAUCAGCUUCCCACUCAACGGAUUUGCAGCAACGUGCAUAUGAAUUGCAAGCAGUCAUUAGCUUAGAUGCUCGUGCUGUCGAGAGUAUUAUGCCAUCAGACGCAAGUUGUGAAGACAUAGAGAUUGAUGAAAACCUCUCAUUUCUCAACAGUUAUGUUCAACAGGCGCUGGAAAAUGGUGCUCAGCCUUAUAUUCCUGAGAGUGAGCGCUCUGGCAUGUUAAAUAUAAGCAACUUCAGAAGCCAAGACCAGCUUGAAGUCUCGAUGCAUGGUCUUAGGUUUGAGGCAUAUGAGCUUCCAAAGCCCCCAGUUCCAUCGAGGAUACCUCCGCCUUUGCUUGCACCUUCCGCUGAACUUGUUCCGGUAUCUGAGCCAUCUUAUUCUAGGGAGACCCACCAGGUUGCAACAGUGACAUCUGUAUCCGAUGCGGGGUCAUUAGAACUCAAGCUACGACUUGAUGGUGUUCAGAGAAAGUGGGGUAAACCAACAUAUUCCUCUCCUGCAUCAUCUACCUCGAACUCCUCUUCCCAGAAUACAGUGAACGGGACUACACAGGUAGAUGGUGCAGGCAAUGUAAAUUCAAAAGCGCGUACCACUUAUGAUUCAAGGAGGCCACAGGUUGAAAUUUCUCCAGAAAAGCAGAAGCUUGCUGCUUCAUUGUUUGGGGGACCCUCACAAACUGAGAAGAGGCCUACUUCGGCUAGCCAUAAGGUCGCUAAGGCAAGUAGCCAUGCUGCUGAGAAGUCUCAGGCACCAAAGGCAGUAGUUGUAUCCAAUGAAGUUACAGUGGAGAAGACAAAUCAUCAACCUCCUCCAGACUUGCUCGACUUGGGUGAACCAACUGUCGCAACAAGUAGUGCUCCAUUGGUGGAUCCGUUCAAGCAGUUAGAAGGGCUUCUUGACACAACCCAAGUUACUUCAACAGUGAAUCAUGGUGCAGUUGGUGCGACUGAAUCACCUGAUAUUAUUUCACUAUAUGCAAAUACACCUGCUAGCGUGCAGAGUAGCAGUGCUGAAAUUUCCGUGCCAGCCAACAAGGACGAUAUCAAUGUCACAUCUACACUUGCAACACAAUUUACCAAGGGCCCAAACCCUAAGGAUGCCUUAGAAAAGGAUGCACUCGUGAGGCAGCUGGGUGUGACCCCAUCAAGUCAAAAUCCCAACUUGUUUAGAGAUUUGCUUGGCUAAAUUGAACAGAGGGAAAAGUUUAAAUCGGGAAGCUGGAAGUUUGGAUUGCUUUAUGAUAUGCAUAUGGUUUUCCGGAGCAGCUUGCUGUUUGAUCAAUGAUAUACAAUUAGUGAAAUAAGCAGAGUGGCAAGAGACGCUGAGAAUGGAGUAAUUCAACCUCCAGAAAAGUGAAAUCAAUCAGGUACAGAUUUGUAUUUGUUGCAGGACAAUAGAGCUUUUCUGGUUGGAACAAAACUAUUUCAGAAUUUGGGGUAUUCCCUUUGAGGAAGUCAGUACGGAGCUUUUUCUUGAGUGCUCAGGCCAUCUGAGUUUUGGAGCAAGGGUUCUGCUGCACAUGUUUGUAUGCUUUUACUCUGCAUGGCAUUUGGGUCAUCUUGUUGUAAUAAUAACACUAUUGUUACAAGUGGGUUCUUUUUUGGUUGUAAUAAGCGAGUUCUUUUUUUUUU